AAGGCGCCUAACCACCCCAGCCAGCUUCUUCACUAGAGGACAGGAGGCUCUCAAGGCUCCGGUCUAGCCAUGGCCCCCUGGCGCAAAACUGACAAGGAGCGGCACGGAGUGGCCAUCUACAACUUCCAAGGCAGCGGAGCCCAGCACCUCACUCUACAGAUUGGCGAUGUGGUUCGAAUACAGGAGACCUGUGGAGACUGGUACAGAGGGUACCUCAUAAAGCAUAAAAUGUCACAGGGCAUUUUUCCUACAUCCUUUAUCCAUCUCAAGGAAGUGACAGUGGAGAAGAGAAGGAACAUAGAAAAUAUCAUCCCUGCAGAGAUCCCUCUGGCACAAGAAGUGGCAACGACUCUCUGGGAGUGGGGAAGCAUUUGGAAGCAGCUCUAUGUGGCCAGCAAAAAGGAACGCUUCCUCCAAGUGCAGUCCAUGAUGUACGACCUGAUGGAAUGGCGCUCCCAGCUCCUCUCGGGAACACUACCCAAGGAUGAGUUGAAGGAACUGAAGCAGAAAGUCACAUCUAAGAUCGACUUUGGCAACAAAAUCCUUGAGCUGGAUCUCAUUGUCCGAGAUGAAGACGGAAACAUAUUGGACCCUGAUAAUACCAGCGUCAUCAGCUUGUUUCAUGCUCACGAGGAAGCAACUCACAAAAUCACGGAGCGCAUCAAAGAAGAAACGUGCAAAGACCAGCCAGAUUAUGGGAUUUAUUCGCGAAUCUCCUCAUCCCCCACCCACAGCCUCUACGUCUUUGUGAGAAACUUUGUGUGCCGAAUUGGGGAGGAUGCUGAACUCUUCAUGUCUCUCUAUGACCCCCACAAGCAAAUGGUCAUAAGUGAGAACUAUCUGGUGCGAUGGGGCAGCAAAGGAUUCCCAAAGGAAAUCGAGAUGCUCAAUAACCUGAAGGUCGUCUUCACGGAUCUUGGAAACAAAGACCUCAACAGGGAUAAGAUUUUCUUGAUCUGUCAAAUAGUCCGAAUCGGGAAGAUGGAUCUUAAGGACAUAAAUGUCAAGAAGUGCACCCAGGGGCUGAGGAGACCCUUUGGGGUGGCAGUAAUGGACAUCACCGAUAUCAUCAAGGGCAAGGCAGAGAGUGAUGAAGAGAAGCAACAUUUUAUUCCCUUUCACCCGGUCUCAGCUGAGAAUGAUUUCCUUCACAGCCUUCUGGGCAAAGUCAUAGCAUCCAAGGGCGACAGUGGAGGGCAAGGCCUUUGGGUGACCAUGAAGAUGCUGGUGGGUGACAUCAUUCAGAUCCGCAAGGACUACCCACACUUAGUGGACAGGACCACCGUGGUAGCCCGGAAGCUGGGCUUCCCAGAGAUCAUUAUGCCAGGGGAUGUCAGGAACGACAUCUACAUCACUCUCUUACAAGGUGACUUUGACAAGUACACCAAGACCACGCAGCGGAACGUGGAAGUGAUUAUGUGUGUGUGCACAGAGGAUGGCAAUGUCUUACCUAAUGCAAUUUGUGUGGGAGCCGGGGACAAGGCCAUGAACGAGUAUCACUCAGUUGUGUACUACCAAGUCAAACAGCCACGCUGGAUGGAAACAGUCAAGGUGGCUGUCCCUAUUGAAGACAUGCAGAGGAUCCAUCUGCGGUUCAUGUUCCGUCACCGGUCGUCACUGGAAUCUAAAGAUAAAGGAGAAAAGAACUUUGCUAUGUCCUAUGUGAAGCUCAUGAAAGAAGACGGAACCACUCUGCAGGACGGAUACCACGAGUUGGUGGUUCUUAAGGGAGACAGCAAGAAAAUGGAAGAUGCCAGCGCUUACUUGACACUUCCUUCUUAUCGAUACCAUGUGGAAAACAAGGGAGCCACUCUGAGCCGGAGCUCCAGCAGUGUUGGGGGCCUUUCUGUCAGCUCCCGGGAUGUGUUCUCCAUUUCCAUCCUGGUGUGUUCCACAAAGCUCACGCAGAACGUGGGUUUGCUUGGUUUGCUGAAGUGGCGUAUGAGGCCGCAACUACUCCAGGAGAAUCUAGAGAAGCUGAAGAUUGUGGACGGAGAGGAAGUAGUGAAGUUCCUCCAGGACACUCUGGAUGCCCUCUUCAACAUCAUGAUGGAGCAUGCUCAGAGUAACGAGUAUGACAUCCUCGUCUUUGAUGCUUUGAUCUACAUAAUAGGACUCAUUGCAGACCGGAAAUUCCAGCAUUUUAACACCGUGUUGGAGGCUUACAUCCAACAGCAUUUCAGUGCUACCUUGGCCUACAAGAAAUUAAUGACGGUGCUGAAGACUUACUUGGAUACCUCCAGUAGGGGCGAGCAGUGUGAGCCCAUCCUCAGAACUCUCAAGGCUUUGGAAUACGUGUUCAAGUUCAUUGUCCGGUCCAGGAGAUUAUUCUCACAGCUUUACGAAGGCAAAGAGCAGAUGGAGUUUGAAGAAUCCAUGAGACGGCUCUUCGAAUCUAUCAACAACCUGAUGAAAAGUCAGCACAAGACCACCAUUCUUUUGCAGGUGGCAGCUUUGAAAUACAUCCCAUCAGUCCUUCACGAUGUGGAAACAGUCUUUGAUGCCAAGUUGCUCAGCCAGCUCCUGUAUGAGUUCUACACUUGCAUCCCUCCCGUGAAGCUGCAGAAGCAGAAGGUUCAGUCCAUGAACGAGAUCGUGCAGAGCAACCUCUUCAAAAAGCAAGAAUGCCGGGACAUUCUGCUUCCUGUCAUCACCAAAGAGCUGAAGGAGCUGCUGGAGCAGAGGGACGAUGGGCAGCACCAGGCCUUGGAGAAAAAGUACUGUGUGGAACUGCUCAACAGCAUCCUAGAGGUCCUCAGCUGUCAGGACGCGGCCUUCACUUAUGACCACAUCCAGGAGAUCAUGGUUCAGCUGCUUCGCACAGUGAACAGGACGGUCAUCACGAUGGGGCGAGAUCAUUCUCUGAUUAGUCACUUCGUGGCAUGCAUGACAGCCAUCUUGGACCAGAUGGGCGACCAACACUAUUCCUUUUAUAUUGAGACCUUCCAGACCAGCUCAGACCUUGUGGACUUCUUGAUGGAAACAUUCAUCAUGUUCAAGGACCUCAUUGGGAAGAAUGUGUACCCUGGAGACUGGAUAGCCAUGAGCAUGGUCCAGAACAGGGUCUUCCUCAGAGCUAUCAACAAGUUUGCAGAAACCAUGAACCAGAAGUUUCUAGAACACACAAGUUUUGAGUUCCAGCUGUGGAACAACUAUUUUCAUCUGGCAGUGGCUUUUAUCACUCAGGACUCUCUACAGCUGGAGCAGUUCACGCACGCUAAGUACAACAAAAUCCUGAAUAAGUAUGGGGACAUGAGACGGCUCGUGGGAUUCUCCAUCCGUGAUAUGUGGUACAAGCUUGGCCAGAACAAAAUCUGCUUCAUCCCAGGCAUGGUGGGACCUAUAUUAGAGAUGACACUUAUCCCAGAGGCUGAGCUCAGGAAGGCCACCAUCCCCAUCUUCUUCGACAUGAUGCUGUGCGAAUAUCAAAGGACUGGGGCUUUCAAAAAGUUUGAAAAUGAAAUCAUCCUGAAGCUGGACCAUGAGGUGGAAGGAGGCCGGGGGGAUGAGCAGUACAUGCAGCUGCUGGAGUCCAUCCUCAUGGAGUGCGCAGCGGAACACCCGACCAUUGCCAAGUCGGUGGAGAACUUCGUGAGCUUGGUCAAAGGGCUGCUGGAGAAGCUGCUGGAUUACCGGGGAGUGAUGACGGAUGAGAGCAAAGACAACCGUAUGAGCUGCACCGUGAAUUUGCUGAAUUUCUACAAAGAUCACAACCGGGAGGAGAUGUACAUUAGAUACCUGUAUAAAUUGCGUGACCUUCACCUGGACUGUGACAACUACACAGAGGCUGCCUACACACUCCUCCUCCACACCUGGCUUCUCAAGUGGUCAGAUGAGCAGUGUGCGUCACAGGUCAUGCAGACAGGCCAGCAGCACCCUCAGACCCACCGGCAGCUGAAGGAGACACUCUAUGAGACCAUUAUAGGCUACUUUGACAAAGGAAAGAUGUGGGAGGAGGCCAUCAGCCUGUGCAAGGAGCUGGCGGAACAGUAUGAGAUGGAGGUCUUUGACUACGAGCUGCUCAGCCAGAACCUGACCCAGCAGGCCAAGUUCUAUGAAAACAUCAUGAAGAUCCUCAGACCCAAACCAGACUACUUUGCCGUUGGAUACUAUGGCCAGGGGUUCCCCUCCUUUCUACGGAACAAAGUGUUCAUCUACCGAGGGAAGGAGUACGAGCGGAGAGAGGACUUCCAGAUGCAGCUUUUGAGCCAGUUCCCCAACGCAGAAAAGAUGAAUACAACCUCUGCCCCAGGAGACGAUGUGAAGAACGCCCCAGGCCAGUACAUCCAAUGUUUCACUGUGCAGCCUGUCCUGGAUGAACACCCCAGGUUCAAGAACAAACCAGUGCCUGACCAGAUCAUAAACUUUUACAAGUCCAAUUAUGUGCAAACAUUCCACUACUCCAGGCCUGUGCGCAGGGGCACGGUAGACCCAGAAAACGAGUUUGCUUCCAUGUGGAUUGAGAGAACUUCGUUCCUGACCGCGUACAAGCUGCCCGGCAUCCUGCGCUGGUUCGAGGUAGUUCACAUGUCUCAGACCACAAUUAGUCCUCUGGAGAAUGCCAUCGAGACCAUGUCCACAGCCAAUGAGAAGAUCCUGAUGAUGAUAAACCAGUACCAGAGUGAUGAAAGCCUCCCCAUCAACCCUCUCUCCAUGCUCCUCAACGGGAUCGUGGACCCUGCUGUCAUGGGAGGCUUCGCCAAGUAUGAGAAGGCCUUCUUCACUGAAGAGUAUAGCAGGGAGCACCCAGAGGACCAGGACAAGCUGAGCCGCCUCAAGGACCUAAUUGCAUGGCAGAUCCCCUUCCUGGGAGCAGGAAUUAAGAUUCACGAGAAAAGGGUGUCAGACAACCUGCGCCCCUUCCAUGACCGGAUGGAGGAGUGCUUCAAGAACCUGAAAAUGAAGGUGGAAAAGGAGUAUGGUGUCCGAGAGAUGCCUGACUUUGACGACCGGAGACUGGGCCGCCCCAGGUCCAUGCUGCGUUCCUAUAGGCAGAUGUCCAUCAUCUCCCUGGCCUCCAUGAAUUCUGACUGCAGCACCCCCAGCAAGGUCGUCUCAGAAAGCUUUGAUCUAGAGUCAGUGACACCCAAGACUCCCAAAGUGGAGGAGGAGCCCAUCUCCCCAGGGAGCACUCUGCCAGAGGUCAAGCUGAGGAGAUCCAAGAAAAGGACCAAGAGGAGCAGCGUGGUGUUUGCAGACGAGAAGGCAGCAGCGGAGUCAGAACUGAAGCGGCUUUCUAGAAAGCACGAGUUCAUGAGUGACACCAAUCUCUCGGAGCAUGCAACCGUCCCCACCAGGGUGUCUGUCCUCUCUCAGAUGAGUUUUGCCAGCCAGUCCAUGCCCACCAUCCCAGCCCUCACACUCUCGGUGGCAGGCGUGCCUGGGUUGGAUGAGGCCAGCACAUCUCCCCGCCUGAGUCAGACCUUCUUCCAAGUCUCAGACAGUGACAAGAAGACCCUGAAAAAGAAGAAAGUCAAUCAGUUCUUCAAGACCAUGCUGGCUAGCAAGUCGGGUGAAGAAAGCAAGCAGAUCCCAGACAUCCUGUCCACAGACAUGUGAGGCACUGCUGAGCCAAGCCCUGUGGAGUUCCAGCAGGGAAGCAUGCACAUGACCUUGGAGUUCCACAAGGAGACAAGGCUUUAAAAGAGACAGAUGAUCCCAAGGGGCCCCCAGAACUCAAGUGAUGACAAGCCUCGCAUCUUCUGUGGCCACCACCAACAGUGAUGGAUGGCUCAACAGACAAAGACUCACCACCACCACCACCACCACCACCACCACCACCACCACCACCACCACCAUCACCAUGGAUUCUUGGACUUCAAGGAGCCAGCCAGUGCUGGAUGAAUGUUCUCCCCAGCAUUCAAGGGACACAGGUCAUAACUCAAAUUCACAGCUAGGAGGAGCUGUCUUUUGUUUUCUUUCCUAAGUCUCAGCACUUGAAAGAACUGAUUUAAAAUGUUUUGUUUUGGGGCUGAGGAUUUAGCUCAGUGGUAGAGCGCUUACCUAGGAAGCACAAGGCCCUGGGUUCGGUCCCCAGCUCCGAAAAAAAGAACCAAAAAAAAAAAUGUUUUGUUUUCGAUUAACAUUUUUAUACUUUUACAUUUUUUUUUAAAUAAGCCCCUUGCUACUCCAUCACCUUCAAACUGCCGCUCUUCCUUACCGUCAUUAAAAAAAUGAUGCCAUGGCUCAAAUGAA